AUGUUUUACGCACCUUGGUGUGGCCAUUGUAAGAGACUUAAGCCAGAAUAUGCGCAAGCGGCCGGCGUGUUGAAAAGUGAUGAUCCACCAGUGACGCUCGCAAAGGUAGAUUGUACAGAGGGGGGAAAGAGCACUUGUGAAAAAUUCUCAGUGUCUGGGUACCCUACUCUAAAAAUCUUUAGGAAAGGCGAGCUUUCUCAAGAAUACAAUGGACCAAGAGAGUCAAAUGGCAUUGUCAAAUACAUGCGUGCACAAGUGGGACCAAGCUCCAAAGAUCUAUUGACUGUAGCUGAUUAUGAGGCCUUUACAUCUAAAGAUGAAGUUGUGGUUGUUGGAUUCUUUGAAAAGGAAACAGACCUUAAAGGAGAGUUCCUUAAAACUGCUGACAAAAUGCGUGAGGAAGUUACUUUCGGUCACUCUUCUGCAAAAGAUAUCCUAGAAAAGACCGGAUUUAAAGACAAUGUCGUGCUUUUCCGUCCCAAGCGCCUCCAGAACAAGUUUGAGGAAUCUUCUGUUGUGUACAAAGGCGACACAGAUAUGUACUCGCUCAAGGCUUUCAUCAAGGAAAACUACCACGGUCUAGUGGGUGUGCGCCAGAAGGAGAACAUGCAGGACUUCACCAACCCUCUCGUUGUUGUUUACUACGACGUGGACUACGUCAAGAAUCCUAAAGGAACCAACUACUGGAGGAACCGCGUCUUGAAGGUAGCGAAAGAGAUGACCGAAGCCAACUUUGCCAUCAGCGACAAGGACGACUUUACCCACGAGCUGAACGAGUACGGCAUUGACUUCGUGAAGGGUGACAAGCCCGUCGUGGCCGGACGCGACAGCGACGGCAACAAGUUUGUCAUGAGUACUGAAUUCAGCAUCGAAAACUUACUGGCGUUCACCAAGGACCUCUUAGAUGGCAAAUUGGAACCAUUUAUCAAAUCCGAGACUGUGCCCGAGAACAACGAUGGACCAGUGAAGGUUGCGGUCGGCAAAAAUUUCAAGGAGCUGGUGACUGAUAGUGGGAAGGAUGCCCUGAUCGAAUUCUAUGCCCCCUGGUGUGGCCAUUGCCAGAAGUUGGCACCUGUUUGGGACGAACUAGGUGAAAAGCUCAAGAAUGAAGAGGUAGACAUAAUCAAAAUCGAUGCCACCGCCAAUGACUGGCCCAAAUCACUGUAUGAUGUGUCAGGAUUCCCGACUAUCUACUGGAAGCCUAAGGACACCAACAAGAAACCUGUCAGAUACAAUGGUGGACGCGCAAUAGACGACUUCCUUAAAUACGUAUCAGAGCAAGCCAGCAGUGAACUCAAAGGCUGGGACAGAAAGGGGAAUGCUAAGAAGGAUGAGCUG